AGCCCUUCAAAUAUAUAUAUGAUGAUGUUUGCACAUGUUGAAAUGUAUAAAAGCACAAGGGUGCCGCACACAACUACAGACUCAACUGAUUCUUACGUGAUAGACUCAAUCAUCAACACAUCUACAAGCUAUCUUCAGAGGGCGUCUGGUGUUGGCGCGCUUAAAAGGCGGUAAACAUGAAUGAAAAAAAGGCCAUUCUUUUGAUGCUUCUCAUAUUACACGAUGGAAGAACAAGCAGACUAUUGCCACCUACAAAUGCAAUUGUCAAUACAAAACGGCCAGAAGACAAGUUUCCAUUGGAAAAACGUUCCUUGAACAUGGAAGCGCCAUUAAAGUAUCAAUUUGGUGCCACAAAAACGUUGAAAAUGGCUACUUACCAACACGGAACAUUUGAACGGACGAACGUAACAACCCUUCAGCAUCCUUCUAGACAAGGCACAGCACUUCGACUUAAUCAGGGAAAUUUUGACGAUAUGCAAAAUAUUGCAAUGAAUAAUUUACAAAAUAAUCAUAAUGGUAGCGAACGUGUGCAAGCUUUACGUCGACUUGCCAAACGGAGUCUUGAUCGAUUUACAGCAAUUGAAGUAUCUGGUCUAAUGAUUGGGGCAAUUACCGGAGCAUUGAUCCCUAUUCCUGUUCUAGGAGCAAUUGCUUCAGUUUUUAUAGGAGUUGCAUUUAGCAUCAUUGCUGCCGUAUUUCGGGGGUUGACGGGGACUUCGAUGCGAGACUAUUUAACACCUAUUAUACGGCAACAUUUGAGCGAUCAAGCCAUUUGGAGUAUGGAAAUGAAACUGAGAUCAUAUAAACAACAGAUAAGAAGUAUUUUUAAUUUAUUUGGGUUGGAUAUGCAAUCAGUUGAAGCAACAAUAAGUCUAAUUAAGCAAACCGGUACCCUUACCAGCAACGAAGUUAUUCAAACACUUAACACAAUUAAGAGAACGAUGGAUGCUUCGCAAUUGAGAAACAUAGACAGUUAUAUUAAUGCAUUCCUAACAGACAUUGAAAACGAUAACAAUGUUUUUCUCAUUGUGCACGAUCCUACCGAAAGCAUAGUUUUUCUUCAAGAAUUUUGUAUGAUAAAACUAACGACUUUCAGUGCAGCCCUUGCACUGCGGAAACAUUUGGAUUACGGUCCAGCGUUGAUCAGCAACCUACAAUCACGAGCUAAAGACGCGGCUAAAGGCUGUUAUAAAUUUGCAAAAUGGGCUAUUCACAAAACUGCUGGUAUUGUUGAAGAUAAUUCAGAACAUCCGAGCAAUGUAUACAACAACUUUUUAAAAAAUGUUAAAAGCAAGAUAAAUCUUGAUCUGUUUUCUUCGAUCGGUGACGUUGACAUUGGAGAAGCGUAUUUGAAACAUGGAGAUCAAAUAUCAUUGAAACACACCAAUCGGCCUAACACUGACAAACGUUGGAUGAGUUGCUGGGGUUCUGGAAAUUGGUGUAAAUUGCGUUCAUGCAAUGGAACAAAUGCUCCGUUCGAAACAGGGAGUCAAUACGAUUACGGAGUGGCAUGUCGAGGAGAGAUAUUCUGGAUCUUUGGAUUUGGAAGGUACCCCAAUCAAACAAUACUGACAUGUGAUACUGUCGGUCUUCAAUACAGCGUUUGGGGGGAUGACCAUUAUUGGCUCAGUAAAGAUUAUGCUUAUUUUAUUUCGGGAGAAUUUUAUAAAACGCGCACAUGCCCUGGCAACAGUUUCGAAAGCAGUAUAUGGCGGUCUGGAUGCUUGGAGGAAAAGUUUGAAAUACAAGUUGAAGGAAAACUAUGUGGCGAGAAGGUGGAGGACAGGGAUGCUAUACAGUUAAUGAGCAAGAGCAAUUACAAAUAUGUGGCAGCAGUGACUUACACUUGGAUUGCGGUUAACUUUGAUUUGAUAAAGGCCCAAGAUUCAUGGGAUAAACCGGAUCCAUGGCGACUGUAUAACCACAAUUCUCCAACAGUAAAACCAUAUUAACAAACUUUUAUUUCCAUUUCUCAUUGAGGUUUAUUCACUUUGAAAUUAGUAGAAAUUUCAUUUGAUGGACAAAACUGAUAUGUACAAGUUAGCUUACGAAAAAUGUUACACGUACUUAAUUGACUUUUCCAUACAACAAAACCAAAUGAUUAAUACUUUAUAACUGUAUUAUAACAGCUUUAUUUAAUAACGUGUAUUAUGUGUGUUGUUUUCUGCUGUUCGGUAAUUGGUCACUUGCCGUAGAUAAAGGACCAGGCGCUGUUGAUGAUGGGAAUGGUGUGCUGUUCGGGCAGCUGAAGUUUCACUUUUGUAUAAUUUAAAUUGUUUAUGAUGUAUGUAAUUUCAACAUGUUAACCUUUGCUUUUAUUCCAUUUUUAGUAUCUCAGUUUAUAUCAAAUGCAUGUCUAUUUAAUGACUUAUAUAUUAAAAGUUCUGUUAAAAAAAAGUAAAACAAUUAAUACAUAUAUUCUAUGAAUAAUUAUCUUGAGCUUUGUCACACACGUGACGAAAACCUCCACAUGCCGCAUGGACACAGAAUAUGUUGCAUGUUGUCUUCACAAAAUAAUAAAAAGUAACUAAUAGCGUUUUUGUAAAAAUAAUUAUGCAACUAUGACAUUGACCUAGGAGUUAGCGACGUAAUUCUUUCGCCUGGCACACCGUCUAAUGAUGGUAAAAAAUGUACAGAGUCAUUUUAAAAUCUCACAAUGAUUGGCAUAUUUAUGUCCCGGACGAGCUCAUCCAUGACCAAUUUUGACUUUAACUUUGGAGAUAUCGACGUAAUUCUUUCCCAUGACACACCGUCCAAUGUCGGUGAACAAAUUAACAAAGUCAUUUUUGAAAUCGCACAAUGAAUGACAUAGUUAUGGCCCGCACUAUCUCCUGUAUGGCCAUUUUUUACAUUUGAAUUGAAAGUUCGACCUUAACGUUCGAGAUUUUGACGUAAUUCGUUCGCACAACAAACUGUCCAAUCAUGAUGAUGCAACCAUUAAUGAAACGCCCCCUAGAAGUGCCGAAAGAGUGUAAAAUCACUCAAUAAAUGACAUAGUUUAAGCCCGGACAAACUUUCGGGACAGACCGACUGACCGGCCAACCGACCGACAAAGUGACUCCUGUAAAAAAAAACUUUUAUAUAAGAACAACGUAGAUAUUCAUAAAGAAGUGCGUGUUUAUGUGUAUGAAUGUACAAAAAAGCCAAUACCUAACUACAUUAGUGCAUGCUUUAAUAAACACAUUCUGUAUCCAUAUGUAUUCAAAUAAAUAUUAAAACAUA